AUGUUUGUGAAUCUCAUACAAACUCCCUAUGUUUAUUUUCAGAUACCCGACAGCGGCUUAACACAUCUACCAGAACGAAUAUUAAUCUUUCGCCAUGACUACAACAGUCCAAAUGUGUUGCACAUCAUCAACUCAGCUGCAGAAGUGGUCGAUGAGACGUUGGUGGAGAUUGUAUUGACUGCCAGCCCCAUCCUGUAUCCCACAUCGGAAAUGCCAACUUUGAAGCCGCAUACGCUCAAUGUACAUUCGUACAAAGCACCAACAUUUUGUGAUUUCUGUGGUGAAAUGCUGUUCGGUUUGGUGCGACAAGGACUCAAAUGUGAUGGUUGCGGUCAAAAUUAUCAUAAACGCUGUGUUGUGAAAAUACCAAACAAUUGCAGUCGCCCGAAUGAAACUAGCUCGAGACGUUCGUCGGCUCUACAACCGCCACGUAGUCCCUCAGGUGGUUCAACGCAAUCGUUGGUAUCGAAUGAAGAUCCGGCGCGAAGUGAUGGCGGUAGCUCACUGGUAAAGCGAAUGUCGGAUUUGAUGAGUGAUAUCAUUAAGAAUUAGAGUAAAUUGAAACUAAGCGCUGUGAAGAUACAUAAAUGACAGUAGUUGAAAAAAGCUCCAAGAUAUUUUUUUAGAGAUUUCUUUUACUUAAAGCUGGUUUUCACUAUGUCCAAUUCAAUGGCAUUUGUCGCGAUAUAAGUGAAACCACAUUCUCAAAUGAACCUAAAAAAACAGUUUAUCGAUUUGCUGCUAAAUUGGCUAUCUGAAAGUUUUUGGUCCAUAAUAUAAUCGGUUUAAAAAUAUGUUGACAAAUUUUGUGGUCGUACUAUGACAUAGUGAAAACCGGCCCUUAACAUAGAUUCGCGCACAAUCGAGAACUUAUAAUCCUGAUAAAAAAGCAUUAUUUGUAAAUUUACUGAUACUCUUAGUUAGUAGCAGGUGCAGGGUAGUUUAAAAUACAUAUUUUUUUACUAUUUUAUUUAGUGAAGCUCUUAAAUACUAUUUCAGAUUAGGUAUCUGCGAUCUGGUUUAGAGUAUUUACGGAAUAAAUGUAAAAGUUUUUAUAAUUUUGUAAUUUUAUUUCCUUAAUAUUUUAUACUAAAAUUUUAAACAAAAUUAAUAAAGAAUAAAAAAUUUUAUCUUAUGUUGACUUUUUCUUUAUCGUUUUACUCUCACAGCUGCCAAUACUCUAGGCCAGAUCAUUUAAGUAGAACUCUACACAAAUGGAGAUUCGGUGUUUUCGAUCAUUUUUGAUAGCGCUUAAUUCAUUGAAUGUCAAGCUGCUUUUGCACUUUGCCAAUACCCUUUCUCCCAUGCGAUCUGUUUUUU